AUUUUAAUGUGAGCGUUAAUUUCCUUGCAAUUUUGAUUCGAAAGACCAAAUCCGUUGUAAUCUAGCAACGUGAACGCGAAACAUUGUUAAUUCUAAUUCCUCGUUUAAACUUAAUGACUUUCGUUGUUUCAGAUAAAAUGAAAAUGGAGAGGAGGAUCGCGGGAAUAAUCUACAUCCUGAUCACUUUCGCCCUUGUAAACGAAAUGUCAAUUAACGUCCAAGCAAAAGACAACAACAAGAGAAGGCCUAAAGAUAAAACUGGGGGGUUUCAAAAGAAUAUUUGCGACGUCAGCGACCGUGAUUCCAAAGUCCACUGCUAUUGUGAAAACAGUAGAGAACCAAGGAAUGCAACUAAAGCGGAAUGCUGGGUAUUUAAUGGUGGAAUACCACGGGACGAUUUAAUCUGGCAAAGUUUUGCCUCGCAACCAACUUUGCAAACUUUGUCUUUUAAUGUCCGCGUUGAUGGAGCAUUGGGAUACGUCCCGACAAAGGCGCUUCACUUUCUCAAAAACCUCAGCUCCAUUAAUAUAAGGUACGGCAAUAUAGUCGAUGUGACAGCGUUUGCUUUCGCCAAUCUCACAAACUUAACCGAUAUAACGCUGUCACAAAAUCAGAUAGAAAACUUACAACAGUACGCCUUUGCUCACCUUCCAAACAUAACGCUAAUAAAUCUUGAAGACAACAUGAUUCUUGAGAUUGGAACAGAGGUGUUUUUUGAUUUACCGAAGUUACACAAACUCGUCUUCACUAAGAAUAACAUAUCGUCGAUAACAGACGGAGCGUUUUUGCACACGUUCAAUCUACUAGAAUUGGACUUGAAUAAAAACAACAUAAUCCAUUUGCGGCGUCGCACGUUUGAUGGAUUGGCCAACUUGCGGAAAUUGGAUCUGAGGCGGAACCGCAUUUACAAUCUGACUGAAUAUACUUUCGCAGAACUGUGGAACUUACAGGAACUGUUGCUUGGCAAGAACGACUUGAAGUACAUUUCAGAGAGGGCUUUCGACGGUUUGUCUCAACUCCGAAAGUUGUCCCUGGAUGAUAAUAAACUGGCAGCGCUCCCCGCGCACCUAUUCGAAGGGGUGAGGGGACUCAGCUCCCUAGAUUUACGUUCAAAUGAACUGCAUGCAUUAACUUUUGACAACAUAAAACCUAUUUUGGACAACUUGAAGCCGCAGAACAGCAAUUUGCUGCUCGAAGAAAACAACUUCGUGUGCGACUGCAGAUUAAAAUGGAUGCACUUAUUAAGAAAUGAGACAAAAAGUCAAAAUACGCGAUUGUCAUUGGAAAGUGUUACGUGUAAAGUAGACCCGCCGAUCGUAAGCUCAGCUUACAAUAAGAUGUCUGAUGUCAUAGAAAAUAAAAUCCAAUUUAAUCAGGAAAUUCUGCAUGCGGGGAUAACGAUUGAAACUUUAAACGAUAAAAUGAACAUCACUGAAAAGAAAACUAUACCGGAGGAGCUGAAUAAAGAAAAAAACAAUGGUAUAACUGUUACUAAAAAAGCUGCGAAGAGAGUUAUAUUAAAAAUCCCACCGGAGAAUUUGCCUUGCCCGAGAGAAACGGAAACGACCACCGAAGCACCUGCUUUUGUAGUUGAUCCAGUGAUACCAAUUCAAAAUGAAAUGAAAACUUACAGAUUUCAAGAAACGAACGCAGCGUACAGACUUUCUCAUAAAUCUAGUUCAGUAUUAUGGUGUUGUUUGGCGUUUUUCUUCACUUAGAUAUAAUUAAGUAUGUAAUUAGGGUUAUGUCACUAAUUCUACGUAAUUGAGAUAACAGACUAUGUCACCUUAAGUAAACCGCUGGAGUUUAUAAUAAGGGAUUAAUUCUAUGAGCACUUAAACAUUUAUUCAAACAAUAAUGUGAUUGUAUUCACCGUAAAUGUUGUAAAUUACCGGAUUAAAAGUUAGCGCUAAGUAGAUUUAUGAAUGUAAAUUUGAUUCAUUUUAUGCGUUUUCGAGUCAAAUGCAUCAUCAAAAUUCAAUUCAGAAUGGGUGUGAGCAUUUUCGUCACUUACUUUCGACGAGUUACGUACCUUAUGAGUUACCCAACGAUAUUUUUUUAUUCUUUAGUGUAAAAUUAUAUCCAUUCUUUAAAAAAGUCUAGUUUUUUGGUUUAUAUUCACCGACGCUGAGAAAAAUGGUAUCACAUUAUUUUUUGAUAAACAAUAACAAUUCAAUUUGUUUAUGUGUCAGUGACGUAAUUCAUCAUUAUCAACCUAUUAAACCACUUGUUACGGUUACACCUGUUUUGGAAGAAUCUCUGUGAUUGUUAUACACAAUACAAUACAAAAACUCUUUAUUGUACACCACGAAAAACAUUGAACAAUAAGCACGAAACCAUCUAGUACAAGUGAUGCAAUGGGCUAUACACACACUCAUGAAAGCAUGAUUAAGCUAUUUAUUACGGAAAAGCGGGAAAAUGGUGUAUGAUGUAUGGAAUGCUAGUAAUAUGUACGAGUACUACUGAUUAUUGCAUAUUUAUAGAACUUACUCAAGAAAAUAAUACACGGUUUCUUAAAGCUUUCGGAAUGUAAGUAUUAUAUUUAUUUAAAUAAUAAGAAACAACACAUGUUUUUAAAUAU